GCGCUGUUAUUACUGAGGCGGUAGCAGCAGCAGCAGACCUGCGCACUGUGUCUCGGCUCAGCCUCGCGGCUCAGAAGCGCAUCUCCGAGGAGAGGGAUGGAGAGAAAGCCAGCAAUGCCUUCAGAGACUGCUUUCUGUGGAUCCAACGCAGUAACUCUACCUGUUGUUUGUAUUCAGGGCGGAUCGGUGCAGGAAUAGCUCGGCUUUUUUUUUUUGGAGGAGACUGGACUCGGACACAGGAUGGCUCAGAAAGAGACCUGCGUGCUGACUUUGAACGCUGGCGGACUGUAAGAGAAGCAGAAAAAGUGCUUUGGCUUUAAGGAUGCUUUUCCGCAGACAGAGAGCGGCUACAUGCGGUUAGUUGGAGAGAGGGUUAAGUCCGUGUUAACUCCGCAUCCUUGGUGUUCCUGAGAUGGAUCGGUGACUCUGCGUCUCCAGAACUUUGCCACGAUGAAGUCCAUCUUCUACAGCCGCUUCUUCAUCCUGCUGCCGUGGGUGCUGAUCGUCAUCAUCGUCAUAGACAUCGACACGAAGAGGUCCUCGGUGCGCAGCACGGCGCACUCCUACCUGUCCCGGCUGAGCAGCGCGCCGCGGCGGGACGGCGCCGUUCACGCGCUCAACCGCACCGCCACGCCGCCGCCGCCGCCGCUCGUCUACGCCAUCACCCCCACGUACAGCCGCGCCGUGCAGAAAGCCGAGCUCACGCGCUUGGCCAACACGUUCCGCCAGGUCCCGCACUUCCACUGGAUCGUGGUGGAGGACUCCGCGAGCCGCACCGAGCUCGUGUCGCGCUUUCUGGCGCGCGCCCGCGUCCCGUACACGCACCUGCACGUGCUCACCCCGCGCCGCUUCAAACGGGCCGGCAUGCCGCGCGCCACCGAGCAGAGGAACGCCGCGCUCUCGUGGCUCCGCGCGCACCGCGCAGCCUCCGAGUCCGGAGUGGUGUUCUUCGCCGACGAUGAUAACACGUACAGCCUGGAGCUGUUUGAAGAGAUGCGCUCGACUAAAGGAGUCUCCGUGUGGCCUGUUGGACUCGUAGGGGGUCGCAGGUAUGAGCGCCCUGUUGUAGAAAAGGGCAAAGUGGUGGGCUGGUACACAGGCUGGAAGGCUGACCGACCUUUUGCCAUCGACAUGGCAGGGUUUGCCGUUAACCUCCAGGUGAUCCUCGCUAACCCACGAGCUCUGUUUAAGAGGAGAGGAGCUAAGCCAGGCAUGCAGGAGUCUGACUUCCUCAAACAAAUAACCAAGCUGGAGGAUUUAGAGCCAAAGGCUCGCAACUGCACCCAGGUCCUGGUUUGGCACACCCGCACAGAAAAGGUCAACCUGGGCAACGAACCCAAGCGGCACCAGGACUCAAUCCUAAUUGAGGUCUAGUGGACAGGACUGGCGUAGGAGGGCUCACAACAUACUGCACCAAGUAUCCACUGUCCCUGGUACUUUCCCAAUUAGUGUCAACUUCUGGACUGAUGCCCUGCUGUUUCACGCUGGAAGCUGUGUGUGAACUCCGAUGUCCAUGUCACCAACCUCAGCACUCUGGACCUUCCAAUUUUUUGAACUUAUUCCUGUCUGCAGAAGCUGUCUGGCCAUCAUUUUGUUAAUAAGACUCAUCUCAUCACAUUGAGGAAGCCUAUUGGAUAACUAAUAAAGAACUCAACUUUUCAACCCUUAUCAUUCAGUACAGUUGUUUUCUGUGGCUGCUAGUAGAAACCUUUACCUUAAGACUGAAGAGAAGUCCAGAGUGCAAGCAUGUGAAGACGUCAUGAUCCACUGGUCUCUUUGAACUUGGAGAACUUAAUAUAUAACAGAGACACAGAGAACACUAAGUCUACGAAACUGGAAGCAUCUGAAGAAGAGCAAGCCCUGAGUUAAUUAACAUUUGGCUUGACAUAACUGUAACUAUACAAGUUCAAUGUAUUUAAACAGUUAUUGGCUAAAGCUUUCUGUAAAAAGACUUUAUUGUUAUGAAUGUGUUGCUAUGAGCCUGAGAAAAUGGACAUAAAGAUAGAUUCAGGGCAAUGGCAACAGCCUGAACCCAGCAUUCCAGGAGCAAACCUUCAUAGUUACAAUUCCAUCUUUAUUCCAAAUGACCCCUCUCUUUUAAAAGCAAAGCUUUCUUUUGAAAGCAAAGCAAACAAGAAAAGAAAAAAAUGUAUAGUCAUAAAACAAAAUGAUAACUUUACAAUAAAAGAGGCAUUAAGAAAAAAACGGAUCACACAAUA